AUGUACGUCAAAAUAGAAACAGAGCGUUUAACUUUCAUUAGGUUGAACCAAGCUAAGUUGCGUUUCGAAGAGUAUAUCCAAUUACGCGAUGCAAUUAGCACUGAAGGGGCUUCUGAUAUUGGUCGAUUGACUAUUUUACCGGCGUCAUAUAUGGGUAGCCCGCGUCACAUGCAUGAAUAUGCUCAAGAUGCAAUGACAUAUGUACGUCAUUAUGGUCGGCCAGACCUAUUCAUUACAUUUACAUGUAACCCGAAAUGGAUAGAAAUUGUUCAAUUACUGUUUCCCGGACAAACAGCAAAUGAUCGACACGACAUCACCGCGCGUGUUUUCAGACAAAAAAUCCGUUCCUUGAUGAAUUACAUUGUUAAGCAAUACGUCUUUGGGAUUACACAAUGCUGGAUGUAUUCAAUCGAAUGGCAAGAACGAGGCUUGCCCCAUGCACACAUUCUUAUUUGGUUAGUUGAAAAAAUUCUACCAGAUCAAAUUGAUGAUAUCAUAUGUGCAGAGAUUCCUGAUCCCGAAACAGAUCCAGAUCUACAUGAUGUUGUUAUUACGAAUAUGAUUCAUGGACCAUGUGGCACCAUCAACCACCGAUUAACGUGCAUGGUCAACGGCGAGUGUUCCAAGCGCUAUCCACAAAAGCUAACGACGAAGACCGUCACUGAAAACGAUGGGCGUCUACAGUACCGUCGUCGAUCUCCCGAUGAUAACGGUAGAACUAUUACAAUAAAAGUAAAAGGAAACGAUUUUGUGGUCGACAACAGUUGGAUCAUUCCAUAUUCGCCGCUUCUUUCAAAAACAUUCAAGGCACAUUGUAAUGUUGAGUAUUGCAAUUCCUGGAAGCACAUUAAAUAUAUUUGUAAGCAUGUCCCGAGGGGCAAACAUAUGACCGUUUUUGGCGUCCAAACAUCCAAUACCGACGAUGAAAUUACACGAUAUCAAGUUGGUAGAUAUGUGAACUGCAAUGAGGCAAUUUGGCGUAUCUUCUCAUUCCCUAUUCACGAACGUCAUCCUACUGUUGUACAUUUGGCGGUGCAUCUGGAGAAUGGACAAAGAGUAUGUUUCACAGCGUCGAAUGCUGCUGAACGUGCUAUAACACCCCCAGAGACAACAUUAACUGGUUUCUUUUCGACUUGCCAAAACGAUCCGUUUGCAAAAACGUUGCUUUACUCGGAGAUGCCACGUUAUUAUACUUGGAACGCUUCAUUGAAGAAAUUUCUACGUCGGAGGCAAGGCGAUGCGGUUCCUAAUCAUCCGGAUAUGCGUUCUACUGAUGCUCUUGGUCGUAUUUAUACAGUUCAUCCAAAGGAUCAUGAAUGUUUCCAUUUGCGGUUAUUGCUGCUAAAUGUUCGUGGGCCAACAUCAUUUAAAUCACUACGAACUAUUAAUGGUAGAGAGUGUCCAACAUUUCAUGAAGCAUGCCAAGAGCUCAAUUUGAUUGAAGACGACACUCUUUGGGACACGACAAUCGCUGAAGCAAUUAUUUCUGCAUCUUCAAGUCAGAUACGCGCAUUAUUUGCUAUAAUAAUUACUACAUGCUUUCCAUCCGAUCCACAUUACCUGUGGAACAAGUACAAAGAUAAUAUGUCAGAAACCAUUUUACAACGACACCAACACAGACAGAUUGAAGUGGCGAAUGAGGAGAUGCAUAACCAGGCUUUGCUCUUGAUCGAAGAUAUGUGCUAUCUCACGUGUGGCAGUUCGUUAGUCAAGUUAGGAAUGCCAUCGCCAGACCGCGGAGUGAAUGAUGCAUUUAAUAGAGAACUGGAACGUGAACUUCAAUAUGAUCGAUAUGAAUUAAAACAAUCAGUUCAAACGAAUGUACCCCUGUUGAACACAAAACAAAAGGAAGUCUAUGAUACAUUAAUGAAUGCAAUUGAUGUUGGAAAAGGUGGUUUUUUUUUUCUGGAUGCCCCUGGUGGAACUGGAAAAACGUUCCUCAUGUCAUUGAUUUUGGCCACUGUUCGUGCGAGAUCCGAGAUUGCGGUAGCAGUUGCUUCUUCUGGUAUAGCGGCUACGUUGUUACAAGGAUGUCGUACGGCUCAUUCAGCGUUAAAAUUGCCAUUAAAUAUUCUAACAAGUGACCAACCAACAUGUAAUAUUGCAAAACACUCUGCAAUAGCAAAAGUUUUAGUAGCCUCAAAAAUCAUAAUUUGGGACGAAUGCACAAUGGCACACAAAAGUGCAUUGGAAGCUCUGGAUCGAACUUUAAAAGAUCUACGCAAUGACUCGAGAAUUUUUGGUGGCGCAAUGAUUUUACUAACUGGCGAUUUCCGCCAAACACUGCCUGUCAUUCCAACAUCGACUGCGGCCGAUGAAAUAAACGCUUGCCUCAAAUCAUCAAAUCUGUGGUGCCAUGUGAAGAAACUUCUACUGGCAACAAACAUGAGAGUUGAAUUGUUGAACGACCCAUCUGCUAAAGAAUUCUCCAGGCAGUUGCUGACUAUCGGUAAUGGCAGUAUUCCUGUCGACGAAUUGAGUGGAUUGAUUUCAUUUCCUCCGAAUUUUUGCAAUUUCGUUUCAUCUAAAGACGAACUCAUCGGAAAAGUAUUUCCGAACAUCAUUACUAACCAAAAAAAUUAUAAUUGGUUAAGCGAGCGAGCCAUUUUAGCUGCUAAGAAUAAAGAUGUGAAUAAGUUAAAUUUUACAAUUCAGGAACAAAUCGUUGGUACUCUGCAUUCAUUCAAAUCUAUUGACUGUGUAACGAACAUAGACGAAAUCACUAAUUAUCCAGCUGAAUUUUUAAACACCUUGGAUGUGCCUGAUUUACCACCGCACAAUUUACAACUGAAGGUGGGCUCGGUAGUCAUCAUCCUACGUAAUCUAAAUCAACCAAAACUAUGCAAUGGGACGCGCUUGGUGAUAACAAAACUGACGAGUAAUCUGAUUCACGCGACGAUACUUAAAGGAAAUUUUAAAGGUGAAUUAGUUCUCAUUCCGAGGAUUCCAAUCAUCUCAACGGAUAUGCUAUUUGAGUUUAAAAGAAUUCAAUUCCCAAUUCGUCUAGCCUUUGCCAUGACGAUUCAUAAAUCACAAGGCCAAUCCUUGGCAGUUUGUGGUCUCAACUUAGAAAAUCCAUGUUUUUCUCAUGGUCAGUUGUACGUGGCAUGUUCACGUGUUGGCAAACCAUCCGCUUUAUUUGUUUUUGCGCCUGACAAAAAAACAAAAAAUGUCGUAUAUCACAAUGUGCUUCAAUGA